ACCGAUAGCAUUUGAUUUGGUAUUCCUAAUUCCUAAUUCCUACUAAUUCCUAAUCUAGUUUAUGCAUUUGAUUGCACAUAGUUUUCGUUGACCUUCCACAAGCUUAGGAGUAAGUGGUUUUGGCGCUGUGCCUCUUUUGACACAACAACAAAAAGACAUGGUUGCUCCUGCGAGACCUCAAUUUGUUCUCUUCGGAUCCUCCAUCGUUCAACUCAGUUACAGCCAUAGCGGUUGGGGUUCUUUUCUUUCCGACAUCUAUUCUCGCAAGGCAGACAUAAUUUUACGAGGAUACUAUGGAUGGAACUCGCGGCGUGCCCUCCAAGUCCUUAAUCAAGUUUUUCCAAAGGAUGCUGCUACACAGCCGUCUCUUGUGAUAGUUUAUUUUGGAGGUAAUGAUUCCAUGGGUCCUCACUCAUCUGGUCUAGGCCCUCAUGUGCCUCUUCAAGAAUAUAUUGCAAACAUGAGAAAGAUUCUGGUUCAUAUUCAGAGCCUCUCUGAAAAGACGCGUAUCAUUGUUCUCAGCUGUCCUCCUGUCAACGAGGAAUUAGUGCGUGGAAACACCAGUACAAUUUUUAGUGAGCUGGUAAGAACAAAUGCAUUAUGCCGAAGCUAUUCAGACGCUUGUAUAAAGCUAUGCCAGGAACUUGGUGUGAAAGUUGUUGAUCUUUUUAAUGCACUACAAAGUAUAGAUGACUGGAAGAAUGCUUGUUUUACUGACGGCAUCCAUUUAGCAGCUGAGGGAAGCAAAAUUGUGGUGAAAGAGAUACUGAAAGUACUUAAGGAAGCUGAUUGGAAGCCAUGCCUUCACUGGAAGUCCAUGAACACUGAAUUUUCAGAAGAUUCACCAUAUGAUCUUGUUGCUGCUGAUGGGAAGAAAACACUGAAUCCUUCUGACUGGACUUUUCAUAGAGAGGUUCAGUGGGAUUAAGCUUUAUCAACCUUAUAUUUAGCAGUUUCCUCCUUAUUUAUAUAUUUUGUUUUAAAAUAUUGAUUUGUUAUAUGGUGACAGAAUUGUCAUUCAUAAAAAUUGUGAUUUCAUUUCAUUGAAAAAUUAGCUUAUAUAGUAGAAUGUAGUUUCAUACUUCCGUAGCUAUAUGCAAGUUUCAUCAUGUCUGUUGUUCUGUGAGUUUUUAAAAUCAGUAUAAGUUAUAUGAUGUAAGAGACAUAAUUCCAUUUAUAAAGAUGAUGAUAUUAAAUCUCA